CGCAGCCUUAUCCCAGACAUUCUUACCAUUCCCACGUGCGUCUGUUCGGUGACAUGACUAACGACGGCGAGCAGGACGGCCGUUGUCACGCCGUGUGCGUUUGUUGGCGUCGGCGGUCGCUGUCUAGCUUCCGGGCCAUGGUCGUCCGCAGCCCGAGAUGCAGAGAAAGGAAAGUGUCCGUCGCGGUCGUCCCUUGACCCAUCAGCUCCCCCGGCGAGUCAGGGUUCAUGGGUUCUGCGCCGUGGAUCAAGCUUGGGCCGUGGUGUGGUGUCGUGCCUUGAACGCAGGAGCCGCCUGUCUGACCGCUAACCUUUCGGGUAGGACGGGCGGGCGGGUCGGAAAUCUGUCGUCUUAUUUCAGAAUUAGAAUUGGAUUGGCGUUGCGGAACGACUCCCCGUUUGUCGCGCGGCGCGCGGGUCCGACCCCGACCCCGGAAUGUUUAAAAUUGAGGGUAACGGCCAACGGGCGGCGCUGCGUGGCGGGGGGGAGAGUCGUUGACAUCAUUGACUACAUUGGCCACACGCAAAAACCCGUUCUGCACGCCCUCUUGCCAAUUCGCCCUUCGGCACAUUGUCCCCCUCUGUCAAUUGUGCGUGAUUCGUGACAAAACACCCGCGUUGCACGCAAGCAUCCCCCCCCCCCAUAUCACAAUGACCGCCCGCCCACGCGUCAUUUACUGGUUCCGGACCGACCUCCGAUUGCACGAUUCGCCCGCCCUUGCGGCCGCUCUCGCGCUUGAACCGGCCGUCCUCUGGCCCAUCUUUACCUGGGAUCCGCAUUAUGUCUACCGCGCCCGCGGGGGGCUGAACCGGUGGCAGUUUUUGCUGGAUUGCCAGAACGACCUGUCCGAAAGCAUCAGCAAGCUGAACCCCAAGUCGAAGCUGUUCGUGCUGCGCGAGGGCCCGCAGACGCUGUUCCCCAAGCUGUUCAAGGCGUGGGGGGUGACGCACCUGGUCUUCGAAAAGGACACGGACGCGUACGCGCGCGAGCGGGACGAGGUGGUCAUGAGGGCGGCCGAGGCGGCGGGCGUCGAGGUCAUCGUCAAGAGCGGGCGGACCCUGUGGGACAGCGACGCCGUCGUCGAGAAGCACGGCGGCAAGCCGACUAUGUCCAUGUCGCAGCUACAGGCGGCGGGCGCCAAGGUCGGGCCCAUCGCGAAGCCGAUCCCCGCGCCGGAGCGGCUACCGGACCCCGGCGAGAUGCCAGUGGAUUUCGAGCCGACGCCGCCCGAGACGGUGCCCGACUUCAACGCGGAGCAGCGGACGCGGGGGGACGCGGCGUACCAGAGGAUCGCGGGCCCCGAGGGGGACUUUGCCAUCGAGACGAUGGAGGAGCUGGGGUUCCCGCCGGCCAGCACGCCGCACAGGGGCGGGGAGACGCGGGCGCUCGCCAUGCUCGAGGCGAUCGCGGCAGACGACAAGUACACGGCCACGUUCGAGAAGCCCAAGACGAGCCCGGCGGCGUUCGAGCCGCCGUCGACGACGUUCCUGUCGCCGUUCCUGCACUUUGGGGCGCUGUCGGUGCGCGAGUUCUACUGGCGCGUGCAGGGCGUCGUGGCCAGGUACGGCAAGGGGGCGUCCAAGGUGCCGGAGAGCCUGACGGGGCAGCUGCUGUUCCGCGACAUGUACUUCGCGGCGCACGCCGCGCUGGGCCACCGGUUCACGCAGACGGCCAACAACCCCUACUGCCGCUUCAUCCCGUGGCACCUGCCGUCCAAGGUGGACGCGGAGACGGGCCUCGUCACGGGCGAGUACCACGUCGACUCGGAGCAGGCGGACGAGUGGUUCCGGCGGUGGAAGUACGGCAUGACGGGGUUCCCGUGGAUCGACGCGCUCAUGCGGCAGCUGCGCGAGGAGGGCUGGAUCCACCACCUCGGCCGGCACGCGGUCGCCUGCUUCCUGACGCGGGGAGGCUGCUACGUCGACUGGGAGCGCGGCUGCGAGGUGUUUGAGGAGUGGCUGCUCGACCACGAGCCGGCGUGCAACGCGGGCAACUGGCAGUGGCUCAGCUGCACGGCCUUCUUCUCGCAGUACUUCCGCUGCUACAGCCCCGUCGCGUUCGGGCAGAAGUGGGACAGGCAGGGGGCGUUCGUGCGGCGCUGGGUGCCGGAGCUCGCGAACCUGGAUGCCAAGUACAUCUACGAGCCGUGGAAGGCCCCGCUGCCGGACCAGAAGAAGGCCGGUGUCAGGGUGACGGGCCGCGGCGUGGAGCGGGAGGCCGGGGUGUACCCGAAGCCCAUGUUCGACUUCGACGAGAGGAGGACGGCGUGCCUGGCGGCGAUGAAGAAGGCGUACGGGGUCGGCCUGCAGGGCAACGACGACAAGGUCCGCGACGGCAGCUGGCGCGAGCUGUUUGCGGGCCAGGGCACCGAGAUGACGGACGAGUUCGGGAGCGACAGGGCGGGGCCCCGGGGCGACGAGAUCACGCCGGCCAAGCGGAGCGCCGACGAGGGCAGCGCCGAGCAGCACGCGGACAAGAAGCAGAGGUCCUGACAGAGAGGCAUGCUCUAGAUGGACUGGAGAGAGGACACCGGGAGGUCACGGUCGCCUCUGGGUGUGCCUCGCCCAAGCCACGCCGCACGAAGCCACGUGGCGUGCCUUGGGGAGGUCUUCCCGUGAUGUUGUUUUCCCAAUGGACAACGAAUGCUCUUUUCUCCGUCUCUGAAUUUUGAUACAAAAAGGAACCCCCAAUGUCCCCUCCCAAACAGUGAGCCACGCAUUGCGAUCCUGCCAAAUGCCAAGCUGAUAGUGCAACCCCUAUUGUUGGGCUGCCUAAGUCGUCGGGCCACCCGGGAAACCCCUCCUGUCGGUCUUACGCCUGCAAAGCAGCGGUUGCCUGCUUAGUGUGUUAGCCUUUGUUACGCAGCGAUUAGCGAGCGACUCUCCCCCCAGGAAUGCGCCGCUGCGUAAAACUCGCUGCGUCCGUGCAUUGACUCUCCAAGUUCCUAAUCGGGCAGCGCCAGCCAAUAA